GCAGCGGGCAGCAGUUGAACCACCGAAACCUACAGCACCAUCAGCAGCAGAGCAGAGCAGACAGAGUAGCUGUAGCCACAAGAAAACAGGAGCCCUGCCCUUUGAUCCGCAGCAUCCAACAACUACAACUACAGCAACUGUCACCACAAUGCUCCAUUGCUCCACUGACAACUGACCCAGCUGCAACCGAUUAACUGGCCAACUGGACAGACGGCGGAGCAUCGCUAUUCAUAAGGCGUCCAUGCUCGUGGUCCACUUGGUGGACGCGGAUGCGAGAGGAGCAGAUACCUCGGCGGCAGAGCAAAAAAUCGGAAAAUCGGAAAUCUAAUUAGCGAUGUCAGUGUCAGUAAUGCAAAUCCAUUAAUUUCCAGCUAUCGCAACAACAACUUCUCGACAAACAGUCGUUGCUAAAGUCCUAAAGAGCCACGAGAAUCGGGAAAAUUUAACGCAAAAAAAAAGAAAAAGGGAAAGCACUUUCCCUUCGCUGUGUGUGUGUCUGUGUGUGUAGGUGUGUCGCUGUGUCGGUGUUUCGCUGUGCUGUGGUAUUAGUGUGCCGCUGUGCGUGAGAGUUUGUGUGGGUGUGUGCGAGUGCCUGAUAACUCGAGCCUGGUGCUGACAUCACUUUCACUGCGAAAGCGAGCUCGAGAAAGCAACCUGGAGCCCGGGAAUCUGCCAAUCGAGCCGCACGGCAACAAAAUCAAUUAAACUACCAAUACUGCACGACAACCGCCAGAACAACAAAGCUGCCAAGAGCCAAUUAUCAAGGAAAAGCGAAAGAAACAGAAGAAACAGAAGAAGGACGAGCCCAUCGCAGCCAAGAUGUUCUCCAUGUGCACCAAAGUUAAGUCGCGGAGUGAGGAUCCGGACAUCUCGUUCAUGCACCAUUCGCAGUCGCAGCAGAUGCAGCAGUUGCAGCAGCCCCAAGUGAUGGGCACUGGCGGAAAACAAAUCAAGGGAGGCUAUCUACUGCGCUACAAAAAGCAAAUGUUCUGGAACCGCUGGGCGGAGGAAUGGGUGGUGCUGUACGACGACUCGACCAUGGCCUGGUUCACGGAGCCGGGACGCUCCUCGCCGACGGGAAAGAUUCUGGUGAAGGAGGCGCCCGAGAUGCUGGCCAUUGCCCACUGGACUGGGCAGAUACCACGUCGUCCGCCGUUGCCGGCGGGUGUGAAUGUGUCCCAGUUGAUUGCCCUCGGAUCGCAGCGCAAGCGAUCGAAGGUCUACUGGAUGCUGGCCAAGUCGGAGGAGGAGGUGAGCGACUGGAUCGAUGCGAUUACCAAGACGCUGCCGCCGCCACCUCAAAUCGAGCUGGUGGUGGACAAGCCGCACCUGAUGAACGUGCUCCGACGUCCGCUGGUGCGCAUUCGACCGGCCACCCAGUCGGAGGUGAAGCAGCGCAAGGCGGCGUCCCACGGAGCCAGCGGCAGUAAACACCACCGCUGCUCUACGGCGAUUUCCACGAAGUUGUACCGGCAGACCCAGGAUCCGCUGGUGAAGAGCGACGCGGCGGUGGCCAUUCUUAGCAAAAAACCGGACUCAAAGGCCUCGCUGGCCUGCGCCCUGCCCUGGGGCCACGGAUGGGGAUGGGCCACACUGCCCAACGGCGUUUGGAGCGGCGGACUCACCUGGUCGCAGUGCGAGGACACCUUCACCCUGCACGCCCUGCCCACCACCCACUGCACCAACCUGAUCGACACCUCCUGCAGCGGAGCAGUGUACCACACCGACAUCGGCGGCUUUGACUUUCACUCGUCGGGCGUGGAUGACAUCGGUGGCGAGGAUUUCGACUAUGCCAUGGACUGCGGUGAUUUCAUAUUCUAAACUUCCUAUAUCACAACAUAUUCAUCCACACGGCGCGCAGGACCCAUUCCUCCUUGCCAUUUGCACAUUUUUGUCUUCGAUUGGAGGAAACUCAGCAACUGGUAGUCGCUUGGGUAGUAUUUAAUAUUUAACGAUGCUUUCGUUACCCUCAGAGUUUUAGGUGCUCCUAAAUGUAAGGGAAACCGCACGCCCCAUCUUCCUUGUUCCAGUCGACCUCAUUGCACAACUAACCGCGAUUUUCCUCAGUGUGCUGAAUUAUAUAUACAUAGUUUGGCAUAUGUAGGUGUGCCUACAGCUGCGGCCAGAGAAGUAACCAAGCAUAUUUCGAUUCGCCAUCAUGGCUACAUGAAAUUCGAGGAAGUGAGAGUCAAGAUUCCAAUUCCUCAAACUUUGGAGUUAUAUUAUUUUACAAAAAAAAAUAAUUCUUUAGUUCGCCAAAAAUUUGGUAUACAUUUUUAUAAUAUUAGAAUUUAUUAAACAAAUUAAAAAAAAUUUUUAAAACGACCGAAUUGAGUCGAAAUUUAUUUACAAAUUAAAUAUUUUACAAAUGCCAGUACUAUUAUGGCCGCAGCUGUGGUUGAUACACGUGUGUCUGUGUAUUUCCCAUAAGCCGCAUACUCGCCAACUCCCGACCCACAUAUGCCAACUGCCACCCACCACCCACCGCCCACUGGCCACAGCACCCCAUUCAGCCACCCACACAACCGCAAUCAGCCGUCGCAGUCGCAAUCGCAUUCGCAGUUGCAGUUGCAGUUGCAACAACAAGCAUUUGAAAUGCGAAAACAUUUUUGCAUCGCGCAUAUAAGUAGGCUACAAAAAAUAUUUUCGCACUCGACGAGCGAAGAAAUUACAAUAAAUAAUGCAGAUAGACAGACACAAGGGGACAACUAAAUUAAUAACGAGAAAACAACAACCGCAAGAGAUUGAAAUACUUUUGUGUAUUUUGAGACUUUUGAAAUUUAUAUUGAUGCAAUUUGUAAUGAAAACUCUUUUCAAAUUGUUUUGCCAUGAUUUUCUAGAAUUUUUGAAAUCGAUAAUAUUAACCGCAAACCGAAUUCGGAAACAGAAGAACAACCCACACCCCGCGUUCCCAGCAAAACCCAUUUUUGUGUGCAAAUUUUUGAAACAUUUAUACAGAUACAGUGCGCGUUAAAUAAGUCGAUCGAGAAAUCGAUUCAAAUUUAAAAUAAUUGUGUAAAAGAUAAACACACAAAAACCAAAAAAAAGGGAGACAACCCCCGAGAAUAUAUUUAAAGUGGCGCAUAGCAAUUUUUAUAUAGCAUGUUAAACAGAAAUGAUAGUAAACAGGAAAACCAGGUAAAUAACAAGUAAUUAACAAGGUAAAAAACAAACUCUAUUCGUAAAACAGCCACACAGCCUAGUGUAAGUGCUAGCACCUAAGGCAUCCGAUUGUUAGAUUGGUUUUCGAAACUAACUCACUCAGAUCGACAUACCCACCCGUACUGAUGUAAAGUUUAUAAAAUAAAUCAAACGAAACACAGAGACAAGUUAGCAGCCCAGGAAAAAGCACCGAGCAUAAGGCAAAAGAUGUGCAAACAAAUGUGUAUGCACGAGUAAUUAGUGUUAAGAGUCCAUUAGCUAUCACGGACAUUUGGGAGCGGAAUCACCAGUAAUCACCCCCAUCGAUUCGAUUUUGAAUUUGAUUUUGAGAAACUUUCGACACGUCAUGUGCGAAAGGGAAACGCCGCUACGAACACCUUGAGAAAACUGUAAUUGUAACUAUGUUAGGGUAUAUAGAAUCUAGGAUAAGUCGGGCGCCCGUUAGAGCCACACAUAAAUGAUAAAUAUGAUAGAUGUAUGUAUGUACAUACGUACCGUAAGAAAGUGCAGGUUUUCGAAAUGUUGCAUAGCGCUGAAGCAUAGCAUCGCGAAUAUUAUGUAAAAUACGGGUAAAAGGACACUCCAGUCCCUGCGCAUCUGUUGCAUGUCCUUGUACGUGUGCGUAUACUUAUAAACCACUAUAUAUUUAUGUACAACAGUAAUCAAAGUCAAGCUACACGAAUCGAAAUAGGAAACAAAACCGGAACCGGAACCGUUACCGGAAACGGAAACCCUAACCUGAGCCCACAGCCUUAGCUAUCAUACUCAUCACCCGCUACAAAUCCUUUAUGGUGUCUACGCAUAUGUAAUGUAUCUGCAUGUAUACAAAACACAAUACACAAUACCUAUAGCUAUAGUCGGGAGAGGCGAUCGGCAGCAUUAGAAACGUACGUAAUAUAGAACCCGCCACGUAACAUAAUUAUAUGUAGACUAAAAGACUUAAGCAAUUGUCGUUUAGACGUUAAAUUAGAGCGCAUUGAAUGUUGGCUUAUAGUUCUAGAUACCGAGCGAUUUAGGAGCGGGCGUUAGGAUUCAGGGGAGCGUUAGGAACAUAUUAAGGAUAUCCUCACCACAAUGUUUUAGUCUGAAGCCUAGCCGAAUCGAAAUCGAAACCGAAUUCGGAAUUUGUUAGCGAGCGAGUUGAACCGCGAAACCAAAACUAAAACCAAACCAAACCAAUACCAAAAACAAAUGGAAAACAAAACGAAAAUAAACGUAAAGUAAAUCAACCUUGGACAAUCACGCAUACGCAUGUAGGCAAACUGGAUUAAAUAAUGUAUGUAAAUUAUUUAAGCCCUGGGUAGGCAGCAAAACAAAAAAAAAGUACCGAGGAUGGCUUGUAUGGCAUAGUCCUAGCACGUCCAGCAUAGAAUCCUUAAGGGCUCCGUGAACUUAACUAAUCUAAAAAAAAAAAACACAUACAAAACCAAACAAGUUCACAUUCGAUUGAGGCCAAUAGCCAGGUCAAGCUUCAAUUAAAUGUCAAUCCCCAAGCUCUUCAGUUGUACCGAGAAGUAUUUUUGUAAACUUUAUUAGAAACACCGAAAUCUAAAGCGAAACUAUAGUAAUAGCAAAAAACAUGGAUGUUUUAAAACGGAAAUUAAGCAAACGCAAAACCAAAGUAUACUUUAGAGGCAAUUUUUGUAGCAUAAUUGUACACUUAAACUGCAUUUCCGAUGUUAGCUGAACAACCGUAUAUAUAGAGUAUAUGUAUAUGUAUAUGUAUAUGUAUAGAGUAUAGAGUAUACAGACACCCACUUACGAGCGCGAAUCGAGCGAGAUACGCCCGUUUUUAUUGUGCUGCGCAUUUUCAGCGGUCGGCUGAACUGUGAAUACGAGUAGUGUCCUAGAUAUAGGUAUAAUCGGUACAAAGCAGGUGUGCAAGCCGAACUUGAUGUUACCGAAUUAUGAAAUUGUAGAACGGAAAUCAGACGAUCCGAGGACAACCGGAAGCGGAAGCGGGCCUCCCGCCAUCCGGACAUCUCGGCAGACGUUGCGUAUACGCCCCGGCGGUCGCAGCAGCAACUCACAAUUAUACUAGUAAGUUCGCGUUGCUUGUUAUCAGUGUCGUUGAUGUUGAUGUUGAAUUGAAAUUGAAAUUGAUAUUGAAUUGCCGUGUCAUUGUUAACCGUAUUCAAAUUGUAAACCGACUGCGUCGGAAUUAGCUGUUAUUGGGAACCAAGCGAGGCGACUUAGCACGGCAGCGCACUUAUCGACCUACGCAGGAGACAAAUUAUACAAAUUAUACAAGCAUAUUCAUAGGUGUGUGCAUAGUACCCACAUAUUUACAUAAGUUGGUCUAAGUUCUCGAACCACCUCCACUCCAACCACCAGCCAAGUGGCCAAGUCGGGAUCUUUUAAUGCGCAUCCGGCGCGAGGCCUGGCCGGAUCGAGUACCUCCAGUUUCCACACAGAACAGAAACUAGCGAAGUAAUCACGUUAUUCUAUAGAUGUGUCUGUGUCUAUAAAUAUACUUUGUAGACGUUUACUCGCCAGACGCCGCCGAGCUCGACAAAAAAACUAACCAACUAACUAACACCCAUUCAGCCAGAAGCACAAGAUCUCUUCAGAUGCGGGUUACACCCACUCGAGCCCGGUGCAAGUGUUGCCACUCUCUUGGCCAACUGCCCAACUCAGUUGGCCAAGUUAAGAGAGCGGCACAGUUCGCUCUCAUAUGGUUUCAAAACCGCAGCCCAAAACAAGCGAACAAUGUACGAAAAAUGAUUAUGAAACGUUGAGCAAAUAGACGCUAAGCGAACAGCAAUGAAGCCAUUAAAUGAAUCAGCCAACGAGCCAAAUGCGAAGCCUAAAUACCCUGUACAAAUGAAUUUCAAUGAAUUUGUAUCUUAAUUUAUUUCAACCAAUUAGUUCUGGCAUAUCACAUAAAUCAUUUUUCGUAAUGGCAAGUCAAAAUUGUAAUUGUAUACUGUGUAUCUGCCUAAUUAUGUUUAAUUAACAGAUAGAAAAUUUGUUCAAUAUGAAAGCUGUAAGCAGAUUGGGUAAUCGUUAUUAUAUAUAUUUUGCGGGAUUUUGCGACCCUGUGUAUCAUUUUAUU